UUGCGGAGGCAAAUAGCAAGCAUUGAAGAGAACUCAUGGAGUGUCUAGCAGUGGGCCACUUCUCUCCUGCAAUCACAACCGUCAAAGCCUCCCUUCCCAACAACAACAACAACAACAGUCCUCGGACCCCAUCUCGUAAUCGUACGCCUGGGAUGCGCAGGAUAAACGGUGGCCCAUCACCAGCAAAACCAAAGCAGCAACCGUCCAUCUUGGAGGUAGAAAGGGCCAUAGGCGCUGGCAUCUUCCGCGAUCAAGAUGACCCCAGGUCUGAUGGAGGCUCUACUUUCUUCGAUCUGCUUUCAACGACCAUUGGACAGCCUGAAGGAUCAGCUGAAAGGAAGCUCCGAGAAGCUGGCGAGUGGAUUGUAGAACGGACUGAAAACGGAUCUCGUUCUGGUCAGGAAAUUCUGAUGGUAGUAUGCUUGAAGAUCCUGCCAUUGUGGGUGUUCUUCCUCUUGGUUGCAUCUGGGGUUGUACAAUUACCAUUCAACAUCCCAUUUCUUGAUGACUUUCUUGAGUAAAAUGAUCUCCAAGUUGGUGGGCCCAUCCAAAAUUUCCAAUCUCAAACGUCCAUACUUGCAUACAUAAGGAGAAAAAAAAAAAAAAAAAAAAAAACAGGGCCUUUGAUCAUCGCCAGGAUGAAGAUGUCCAGAGAUCUCUGACCCUAAAUGAUCAAAUGUGAUUACUCAUCUCCACCUUACAUUAUGUGGUUAUUCAUGUAAUGUUUUGUUAUACAGUUAAUCUUACGUAAGGUUGUUGGGAUGGUUAA